AUGACCGCGAGGGAUGCACCUAUCUCCGUCCGUGGACCCAUAAAGUUGACUCGUAAGUGAAAGUGUUUCGUCUAAUUAUCAAUGCUUUCCCCCCGUAAUUAUUCCUCUUUCCAGUUGGUCGUUCUACUUUGUCCUCGAGAAACGUGCGCGCGUCUUCGGCAAGGCCUAUCAAGCCCGCCAGAAGCUGAUGAAGAUGAAGAGACAGACGUCGACGAAGAAGGAAAUGAGCACGGAACCGUUUGGGACUCUGGAGCUGUACGGAGUGGUCCCGUGCAGCCAGGCGUGCGGAAAAGUCAAGACGCAGAAGCUGGGAUCGAAGGCCGACGGAACGUUCCACACGGGACGGUCCCACCGGCUGCAGUACUGA